AUGUCGUCAGAAAACAUACAGCCAGUUACGAACUCGGGCCAUGGCGGCAAUGGCGACCAGCCUGGAGUUGCGCACUAUGAAAAGCAACGCCAGUACCUCAAGGAGCUACUUCAAAACAGGAAGCUAAUCGAACGGCAGCUUGUCGCGCAAGAGCAGUCAAUAUUACAGAAGGAGACCGAAUAUCUCGAGAGCACGCCCUUUGGCAAUAUCAUCACCGGCUUUGAUGGCUAUAUCAAAGGCAAUUCGAACGCCACAGCCCAGCGCAAACGCAACGGAUUAAUCGACCAGAACCGUAUCUUCUCGCGUUCCUCCAUCUCUCACAAUCCUACUCAUGUACGGCCCGACUCUCACCCCGAUCAUGCAGAUGCUCAAUCUGCGACAUCGACACCGGCGGCACCUACACCCGUAGAUAAAGAUAGCGGCUCCAACCAUCCCACGCCGACGUCGACAACAACAGACAAGAAAGGAAGCAACGGCAAGAAGAAGAAAGCUAAGAAGGAGGCUGACGCCGAAGACAGUGAGGUGGACUCGCGCGAGAAUAAGAAAAUUCGCACCCAUUUCGGAUCGCGAAAGUAA